AAGAUGAUGGAUACAGUGAUGGUUGACUCAUCUGCUCUAUUGAGCUUCGAAACUGACGUAAUCCUCGUCAUUAUCUCUCGAACUGAUAAGAGUGAUGAUGUCAGUCUGGGGCCUGGGACUUGAUAUUCAUUCGACCGUGCGAUUACACCAUAUAUUCUUUCUUUGCUCCUCCUGAUUUGUAUCCAACAUUGUAUUAUCCUCAAGAUGAAACUUUUAUUUGGAGAAUUCGUUCUCAUGUUCUGGUGUUGCUUCUGUUUCACGCACUUUGCAGUUUCACAUCUAACUUUGCCUUCUGAAGUGUCUGCGUUAUUAGCAAUCAAAGGAAACUUAAUUGAUCCUAAAAUGAAUCUUGUAAACUGGAAACAAGGGGACCCAUGUACAUCUAACUGGAGAGGAGUUAUGUGUUAUGAUACUGCUGGAAGUGAUGGCUACUUGCAUGUCAAAGAGUUGCAGCUAUUGAAAUUGAAUCUUUCGGGAAGCUUAGCUCCUGAGCUCGGGAAGUUGUCUCAGUUGAAAGUAUUAGAUUUUAUGUGGAAUCAACUAAAUGGCAGUAUACCUAAAGAGAUUGGGAACAUUUCGUCUUUAAAACUUCUCCUCCUAAAUGGGAACAAGUUUACUGGUUCUAUGCCUGAAGAGUUGGGAUAUCUUUCAGAUUUGAAUAGACUCCAAGUGGACCAGAAUUUCAUAUCUGGACCAAUACCAAAAUCAUUCUCAAAUUUGAACAAUGUUCAGCAUCUCCACUUCAACAAUAAUUCCAUUAAUGGUCAUGUUCCUCCAGAGCUUUCUUUGUUGCCCAAACUUGUUCACUUACUCUUGGAUAAUAAUAAUUUGAGUGGAUAUCUUCCAGAAGAGUUCUCAAUCUUACCAGAGUUGCGUAUACUUCAACUGGACAACAAUAAUUUUUAUGGAGCUGAAAUUCCUGCAUCAUAUGGUAACAUCUCCAAAUUAGUAAAACUAAGUCUUAGAAAUUGCAGUUUACGAGGAGUUGUUCCUGAUCUCAGCUCAAUUUCUAAUUUGACCUAUUUAGAUCUGAGCUGGAACGAGCUGAGUGGAUCAAUACCGUCAAACAAGCUUUCUAUUCACAUGACAACCAUUAAACUUUCAUAUAAUAAUCUUAGUGGAUCUAUUCCAGCAAGUUAUUCAGACCUUCCUGCACUUCAGAAGCUGUCACUUGAAAACAAUCUCUUGACUGGCUCUAUCCCAGCUCAAAUCUGGCAUAAGAUGUCCUUCAGUACAAGUGCUAGACUUAUAAUUGAUCUUCGGAACAAUUGGAUUUCCAAUGUCUCAGGAAUUCUCAAUCCUCCUGCAAAUGUGACCUUAAGGCUUCAAGGGAACCCUAUAUGCACUGCUUCAAAUAUACAAAACAUUAGAAACUAUUGUGGAGCCAACACUAGAGAGGGAGAUGAUAUAGCAAAAAACUCAACAAAUUCCAAACUGAAUUGUCCGAUUGAAGCAUGUCCUGAAGACAAUAACUUUGAGUAUGUUCCAGAAGCUCCAGUUCCAUGUUUUUGCGCAUCACCUCUUCUAAUUGGAUAUCGGUUGAAGAGUCCUAGUUUCUCCUACUUCCCCCCUUACAUGUCUUCAUUUUUGAUGUACGUGACGAGCUCUCUCAAUUUGGAUAUUUAUCAGUUAUCUAUUGACUCGUAUUAUUGGGAAAAGGGACCCAGGAUGAGAAUGUCUUUGAAGCUCUUCCCCUUAUUCAAACAAGAUCAUUCCAGUACUUUCAAUCUAAGUGAGAUCAUUCGUAUUAGAGGCAUAUUCACUUCUUGGGAAUUCCCUGGUAAUCAUUUCUUUGGACCUUAUGAGCUUCUAAACUUCAGCCUUGAGGGUCCCUAUUCAUAUGUGAAUUCCCAGACUCAAGGUCACGAGAAAAUCAUGAGCAAAGGCAUAAUGAUAAUCAUUAUAUUAGCAAUAGUCUUAUGUGUUUCCACAGUGACUGCAGUUUCCACAUAUCUAGUUGUUAAAAGACUUCCAAGAUCCGUGAGCACUCUGUCAAGAAAACAUUGUUCAUCUAAGUUAUCUAUCAAGAUUCCGGGUAUUCAAAGCUUCACAUAUCGAGAAAUGGUAUUGGCAACUGAUGAUUUCAAUAUCACAACUCAAGUUGGCCAAGGAGGUUAUGGGAAUGUUUACCGUGGAACUUUAUCUGAUAAAACUGAAGUGGCCAUAAAACGAGCAAGUGAAGGAUCUUUACAAGGUCAAACUGAAUUUUUAACAGAGAUAGAAAUACUGUCAAGGCUACAUCAUCGCAACCUAGUUUCAUUGGUUGGAUAUUGCGAUGAAGACGGAGAGCAGAUGCUGGUAUAUGAAUUCAUGUCUAAUGGAACGGUUAGAGACUGCAUUUCAGACAAAUCAAAGGAUAUAGUGGACUUCAGUACAAGAUUAGGUAUUGCGUUAGGUGCAGCAAAGGGCAUCCUUUACCUCCAUACUGAAGCAAAUCCACCUAUAUUUCAUCGAGAUAUCAAAGCCAGCAAUAUUCUAUUGGACUCCAAUCUUGUAGCAAAAGUAGCUGAUUUUGGACUCUCAAGAGUUGCACCUAUCCUAGAUGACGAAGGAACACUACCCAAUCAUGUUUCCACAGUUGUGAAGGGGACACCUGGUUACCUCGAUCCUGAAUAUUUCUUAACUUACAAACUGACAGACAAGAGCGAUGUUUACAGCAUUGGUGUUGUAUUUCUUGAGCUGUUGACUGGAAUGCGCGCAAUUUCACAUGGGAAAAAUAUUGUCCGGGAGGUGAACUUAGCUCAUGAGGCAAACAUAAUGUUCUCGAUCAUAGACAGGAGAAUGGGAUCUUACUACCCAUCUGAAAUUAUUGAGAGAUUUACUGACUUGGCUCUGAGAUGCUGCCAGGACAAGCCUGAGAAUCGUCCAUUCAUGUUGGAAAUUGUGAGAGAGUUAGAAAACUUAGUGAAGCUGAUGAUGCCUGAAACAACAGAGAUGUCUGAUGUGUCGAUAACAUCGAGACAGUUGAGUGAAUCAUCUCCACAUUUCUUGUAUGGAAGCAGGGGAGGAGGAAGUUCUUCAUAUGUGUCUUCUUCUUCUGGUUUCUUGGGAAGUGAUCUUAUGAGUGGUGUUGUUUCAUCUGUUGCACCUCGCUGAUCAUAUAAUAUCGUCAUUUCAAGAUCCUAACUUAUGUAAGUUUUUGUUGUUGUAUAUUUUAAGAGAUUUGUUGUCUUUUCUCAAAACAUUAUGGAAAUUUUGUCUGUUAAUAUUAGAAGAAAUUUAAUUAUUUGGGUGGUUGGCUUU